AUGGCGGCCGCCGUGCGUGAGGGGAGCCCGGCGGGGCCGGCUGGCGGCGCCGGGACGGCCGCGGACAGCGGGGCAGCCAGCGCCAUGCCGGCCCUGCCCGGCUUCGACAGCCCCGACGCCUUCGUCAAGUACGCCCUGGGCACGGUGGUGGCUGCAACAAAGGCGUCCAACGGGCUCCCCCAGCCUGGCGACGAGUACGAUUUCUACCGCAGCUUCCCCGGCUUCCGCGCCUACUGCGACACGCAGGGAGACCGCCUGCUCCGCUGCAUGAGCCAGGUGAUGCAGUACCACGGCUGCCGGAGCCUCCUGAAAGAUUCCAGCAAAGUGACAGGGCUGGAAGACAAAUUUGAUCUGCUGGUUGACUCCAACGAUGUCAUUCUUGAAAGAGUGAGUAUUUUAUUGGAUGAAGCAUCUGGAGUGAACAGAAACCAGCAGCCAGUGCUGCCAGCUGGGUUACAGCCCCCACAGAUGAUCGUUUCCAGCUGGAACCGUAAGGCAGGAGAAUUCCACAAGAGAACUCAGUCUGAAACUUUCCGGCUGCUUCACGCCAAGAACAUCACUCGACCACAGCUUAAGUUUCGGGAAAAGAUUGACAACUCCAACACUCCCUUUGUCCCUAAACUUUUUAUCAAGCCAAAUGCUUUGAAACCUCUGCCUGAAGCCCUCACAAAAAGUGGACGGCAGCGAAAGGAGCGCCCCGAGGACUUGGAUGUGCCAGCUGCCUUGGCAGACUUCAUCCAUCAGCAGAGGACGCAGCAAACUGAGCAAGACAUGUUUGCCCACCCUUACCAGUAUGAACUGGAGCAUUUCUCUCCACCAGAUGGAGUUCUCAAGAAACCAGAACUCCAGAUGUACAGGCCCAUGGAGGAAACACCCUGUCAUUUUAUCACCACACUGGAUGAGCUGGUAGAACUAAAUGAAAAGCUUAUGAACUGUAAAGAAUUUGCUCUGGACUUAGAGCACCAUUCCUACAGGAGCUUCCUGGGCUUGACAUGCCUGAUGCAGAUUUCCACCCGAACAGAAGAUUUCAUUAUCGAUGCCCUGGAGCUGCGCAGUGACCUGAACAUCCUCAAUGAGACCUUCACAGACCCUGCCAUUGUGAAGGUCCUUCACGGUGCUGAUUCAGACGUGGAAUGGCUGCAAAGAGACUUUGGUCUGUACUUGGUGAAUGUGUUUGACACUCACCAAGCUGCUCGCCUCCUCAAUCUUGGCAGGCAUUCUUUGGAACACCUGCUAAAGCUGUAUUGCAGUGUAGAUGCUGACAAGAAGUACCAGCUGGCUGACUGGAGGAUACGCCCUUUGCCAGAAGAAAUGAUGCAGUAUGCCCGGGAUGACACUCACUACCUGCUCUACAUCUAUGAUAAAAUGAGGGAGUCGCUGUGGGAGAGAGGGAACGAGCAGCCCACGCAGCUGCAGGUUGUGUGGCAGCGCAGCAGGAACAUCUGCCUGAAGAAAUACAUCAAGCCCCUCUUCACUGAUGAAUCCUACCUUGAGCUCUACAGGAGGCAGAAGAAACACCUAGACACCCAGCAGCUGGCAGCUUUUAGGUUGCUGUUUGCAUGGAGGGACAAGAUAGCACGUCAGGAGGACGAGAGCACGGGGUAUGUGCUCCCAAAUCAUAUGCUGCUGAAGAUCUCAGAGGAGCUGCCCAAAGAACCCCAGGGCAUCAUUGCCUGCUGUAAUCCCGUCCCACCCCUCGUUCGCCAGCAGAUUAAUGAAUUGCAUCUGCUCAUUCAGCAGGCCCGGGAGAUGCCUCUUGUCAAGUCAGAGAUUACUUCGACUGUCAAGAAGAGAGCAUCUCUACCCACCCCUGAGAAGCUGGAGAAUGCCCUCUUUGGACCACACGACAGUUCACGGAUUCCUAUGGAAGAUUUCCAGAACAACUCUGCCUUGGAGCCUGCACCAGUUUUGGAAGGUUCUUGUCUCUUCUCAGACAGUGAGAGGACAACGAAUAUUCAAGACAGUCAGCCAGAGCCAGCAUGUCUUGUUGCUACUGCCACUGUCAGCAUAUUCAGUGAAAGUGAUGGAGAUGAAGGAAAUAAGAGGCCUUUAACCACUGCCCAGCGGAAAGCUCAGCUAAUAAUGGAGUCCUUCGAAAAUCCAUUUAAAAUGUACCUACCUCCAGAGGAGAACUCUGCCUAUGUCUCACAGUCUGCAAAGUUUGACCCAUCAUCAAAAAUUUAUGAGAUCAGCAGUCGAUGGAAGCUGAUGAGUCAGGCAUCGGUACAGAAGAAGCCCAAGAAUGAAAUCAGUAAGAAAGCAGCCCAGGAGUCAGCUGCCCGUGCCCAGGCACAGAAGUUGCACAAAAACGCAGCACAGAACGUUGUGUCUGUUCGUCAGCAAGCCAUGCAGGAACAAGCUAAUAGGAAGAGGGAAAGAGACACGAGUGAAACGGGAGAGGAGUUGCCAACGCAGGAGAAGAAACGGCCAAAACCCCCCCAGCAACCAGAGGAGCUGGAAGCACCGAAGCAAUUUACCCCCUUUGAUUACAGCAAGUCCAACUUCAAAGUGUUUGCAGGAAGCAGCAAAUCGAAGCAGUCGCCACAAUUUGAUCCUGCCAAGCAAGCUUACUCAGGCAAGAAAUUUGCUGGAGCGAACAAACUUCAACAGUCUGGAAACCGGAGCAUGUCCUACCUGGCAGGGAAAGCUGAAAGGGGUUCGACACACCACUGGCCAAAGAGAUAAUCCUUGUUACAGCACCUGUGGGAGUUGCUGCUGAAGGAAACAAUAGUUAGAAGUGUUGUCACCACGAGGAGGCAAAGGCCGGUCGUUGAGCAGUUUUUGUACAGAAAACAUUUUUAAAACCAUUAAAAUCUUUUUUUUUCCAAAAGGAAAAACGUUUUAAUUGAUGCCACUUUUAUUACAUUCACAUUGGUUUUUUUCUAAUUAUACUCAUAAUGUUGCUUUGUUUAUAAUUUUGAAAGUUUGUCCUGUGUCCUCAAACACAAUUAGGCUGAACUUUUCACUUGUUGGAGUUGCCUGAAGUCCAGAACCAGCAUAUCAGUGGAGUAAGAGAGGAACCUCUUGACACCUCCAAAGGCAGCACAAAAAUAAUAGAUUGAGUAGAUAUGACUCAAACCCCACCAGUGCAGAGGAGGAAAUGAAGCCAGACUGUCUUUUGUGUCAGACCUCACUUACAAAUUGAACCGCACAGCUCAACUCUUACAGGACAAGGUAAUAUGAAAAAUGAGAGUGUUUACCUGGCAA